ACUACCCGUCACGUUGCCAAGAUUGAAAUCGUUAUCAGCAAUCUAAUAAAAACUUUACCGUUUCUCCUCCGAAAACAGAAAAAGUAGAGGAAAGUGAAACGCAGAGAGAAUGUAACAGCAGAUGAACAAAGAUACGGAAAGCAGUUGAAAUCAGUUGCCGUGUUGUGUUGGUGAAUCCCAGAUAGAAGAGACCCAACAAAACCAAAACGCCUGGGUCUCCGAGUCCAGGUGUGAGGCAAACAAACAUUCACGUUCGUUCCCUUUUAAAUACCAUCAAGCUCCCCACUUCCCCCGCCCUGUCCCUCUCCUCUCUCUCUCUCCUCUCGCAUGAUUCUGUCUCUCUCCAAAUCUCCUUUUUGUUUAUUCCUCAACGUGCACAGAGGCUCUUGCUCUUCAUCUUGUCCACCAGAAAAAGAUAUCAACAGCUGUUGCAAAAGUCUUGACUUUGGAAUAUUUACGAGAAAGUAGUCUUAAUCUACAUCUCAUUCGGAUGCGCUUGAUCAGUUGAGGAACACGGUUAUGUGGCAAUAGAUUGAUUGGAAGAACCCAUCAUAAGGUUUGGUAAUGGGGUCUGCAGUGGAGAAGAAAUGGCUAGUCCCUCUUGUCAUAAGCUCUGUCAUCUGCAUAUUCCUUCUAGCUACUUCCUUGAACUCGGGUCUCGUCUCUUCACGAAACGCAAUCAAUUCGAUCUUUUCCCUUUUACCAUCUAGGGUAGUAACAAAUCAAUCUAGUCCAGCUUUUGCUGAGACAAUAAUUUCACAAAGUCCACCCCCUCCUCCGCUACCAGCGAUUCCUCGCUUUGCUUAUCUAAUUUCCGGAUCAAAAGGAGAUUUGGAAAAGCUUUGGAGAACUCUCAAAGCGCUUUACCAUCCGUUGAAUCAAUAUGUUCUUCAUUUAGACCUUGAGUCUCCGGUAGCAGAAAGAUUGGAGCUUGCUUCGCGAGUGGACAACGAGACUCUCUUUAAUACAGUUGGGAAUGUGUUUGUGAUCAAGAAAGCUAAUAUGGUAACUUACAGAGGGCCAACAAUGGUUGCUAAUACUCUUCAUGCCUGCGCAAUUCUUCUCAGGAGGAGUAAGGAUUGGGAUUGGUUUAUCAAUCUCAGCGCCUCGGAUUAUCCACUUGUUACUCAAGAUGAUCUUAUUCACACGUUUUCAACUUUAAACCGAAAUCUGAAUUUCAUUGAGCACACAAGCCAACUUGGCUGGAAAGAGGAAAAACGAGCAAUGCCCUUGAUUUUAGACCCUGGUCUCUACUCAUCUAAAAAACAGGAUGUUUUUUGGGUUACACCGAGGCGAACAUUGCCCACUGCAUUUAAAUUGUUUACUGGUUCGGCAUGGAUGGUCUUAUCACGCUGGUUCGUCGAGUAUUGUGUUUGGGGUUGGGACAAUCUUCCGAGGACCCUUCUCAUGUAUUACACAAACUUUGUUUCUUCACCGGAAGGCUACUUUCACACUGUUAUAUGCAAUGAGCCGGAGUUUGCCAAAACUGCCGUCAACCAUGAUUUGCACUAUAUUUCUUGGGACAUUCCUCCCAAGCAGCAUCCCCACACCCUCAACAUUAAUGACACAAACAAGAUGACUGCAAGCGGUGCUGCCUUUGCUCGGAAGUUCAGACACGAUGACCCUGUCCUGGACAGGAUCGAUAAGGAAUUACUUCACCGAAGAAAAGACAGCUUCACUCCCGGCGGCUGGUGUGCUGGCAAACCCAAAUGCUCCAGGGUUGGGAACCCGAACAAGAUCAAACCAGGUCCGGGCGCCGACAGGCUUCGCCACCUCGUGAGUAGGCUUGCCUUGACAGCUAAGUUUGGUCAAAACCAGUGUAAAUAGAUUGUGUGGAAAUUCUUGAAAAUUGAAUCGGUGAAAGAAAAAGAAGAGAACUCGUAUCAACAGGCUAAGACAACAGUUUGUUGGGAAUUUAAGGGAUAUCAUCGAGUUUUGAUGCGAAGUUUGAUAGAGUUAAGGUUGAUGAGGAAGAUUAAGAUUAGUGUCCCUUUGAGCAUAUCCUUAAGUUGUCACAUUCUGGAAACCAAACAGGUGUUUGGUCGGCAUCAUUGUUUCUGUAGGUUGAUUAUAUAUCUAGAACUUUUACAAUCAUACAUUAAUAUACUGUUACUGUUCAUCCACCUUGCGUUUUUUCUUCUUUUCGGAACUUUGGAACUAGAAUUUUGGCCUUUGCUUGUAAUCAUAACGGGUACAAAUGAUUGGUAAUUUAAAAAACUAUACUUGUCGAUUUGAUAA